CACGAAUUUUAAAUAAUCAAUAGAUACCCUCUUUCAAAGCAAAACGUAAACAAACAGCAGAUAUGCCCAAGUUUGUGCUCCAUUAUUUUGAUGCGCGAGGGAGGGGCGAGCCCGCCCGUCUGCUGUUCGCUGUCGCGGGUAUACCGUUCCAAGACAGACGAGUUUCCCAAGAGGAAUGGCCAGCGAUCAAACCAAAAAUACCUGGGGGUACCUUGCCGUAUCUGGAGGUGGAAGGGGUAGGAAUCACCCAGAGCAUGGUCAUCUACCGCCAUUUAGCAAGGCUGUUUGGUCUAGAUGGGGAUACGGUUUUGGAUAAGGCGCAUGUGGAAGAAAUUACAGAAUAUUUGAUAGAAAUGAAGAUAAAAUAUAUGAGUGGACUCGCAUUUCCACCGAAAGAUGAUGAGGAAAAACUAAAACAAAUGAAAGAAGAAUUCAUGACAAAACUACAGGCAUGUUGUUGUCAGAUUGACAGAAUAUUACAAACCAACAAGUCAACGGAAGGAUGGGCUGUGGGCAAAAAGUUAACGUUUGCCGACAUCAUGAUGUUUGAAGCAUUUGAACACGUGCUGUCUUCUAUGCCGGAAGUGCUAGACAAAUAUCCAAGGAUUCAAAAGUGUCGCAAGAAACUGCAGUCGCUGAAGAAACUCCAAGAAUACCUCAGCAAAAGAAAAGUUACCGCAUUCAAAUGGUCAAAAUUCAGAGCAACACUAGAGCGGGUAUAUAAACAGGCUCUCUGGGCUUCGUUUCGUCAGUGCUGUUACGAUAGCUGUACAGGUCACAAGUAUACAAUGCCCAAGUACGUGUUUACUUACUUCGAUGGCCGUGGUCGGGGGGAACCCGGGAGGAUGCUCUUUGCUGUGGCGGGGGUCCCAUUUGAGGAUAAACGCAUUUCACAGGAAGAAUGGCCCGCCCUAAAAUCAAAGACUCCCAGCGGCUCCAUGCCCCUUCUAGAAGUCGAUGGUCAAAUAUUGACACAGAGUAUGGUCAUCUUUCGUCACCUAGCCAGGUGUUUUGGUCUUGACGGUGACAAUUUACUAGAUAAAGCCAGGGUGGAUGAAAUUGUGGAAUACCUAGUUGAGGUUAAAACUGCCGGGUUCAAAUUACUCUUUCCUCCUACAGAUCCGGAAGCCCUAAAAAAAGUGAAGGAGGACUUCCAAACUGCCUUGGAGAAAUCCUGCGGUCAGAUAGAAAGGAUCAUGUCUUGCAACAAAGCUAGCGAUGGCUGGGCAGUUGGCAAAAAGAUGAGUGCUGCUGAUGUUAUGCUGUUUGAGGCGUUUGAAUCCGCCCUCUCGAAAGACGCCGCUGUCCUUGACAAAUUCCCCAAAAUCAAAGCCUGUCGUCAGAAGGUACAAGAGUGCAAGAAAAUGAAAGAGUACUUGGCCAACAGAAAAAAUACACCUUUCUGAGAACAUUUUUCUAGUCAGCUGGUCUUGAAAAUAAAAUCCAGAAAAAUAUUCUGCAGGGAAGAUCUGACGCGGAUUCGCAUAGUUUAACCUUUGCAAAUGGGAUAAGAGGGAAAAACACAACGCGGGUUAUACCUUUACGUCUGAGUCUCAUAUACUCAUGAGUUUUUAGAGACAUACAUGUGUACUUUCAUGGCAUUUUAUUUGUCGACAUUCCGUUUAUUUGUUUUUUCUAUAUCUAAUAAAAAUAUGAAUAUGAA